AUGGGACAGGACCUUGGGAUAGACCUGAGGAAGGAGCUGGGGCUCAGAGGGGGGAGUAAUGGGAACGAUGGGAGCAGCACAGCGGGAUUGAUCGAGUCGUUCCCACCACCGCCUCCUCCAGCAAAGGAACCGCAUCAUAUGAUGGCCAAGAAGAAGCCAUCACAGUCAUCGUUGAACUCGACUAGUCCGACGGAGCCGCCAAAUCGCCCAUUACCACCGAGGCCGGUAUCAAAGUUGGGAGGGGGGUUAUCGAGGAGUACGACGAAUGCGAGUGGGUUCACUGCCAUCACACCAUUACCACCGCCUAGCAUGCCUCCACCGAGUGUACCGCCACCAAGCGUGCCGGCACCAAAUCGACCACCUCCACCGAAGCCAUUACCUUUGAGUGUUAGGCCACAGGUGCCGCUGGGUAUGAACCCGCCCACCAGACCAGGGACAUCAACUACGGCGAAGACGACGACAUCAGCAGCGACCGCAAUGGAGCUUCCACCUGUUUCCACGACAGACUCAAAACCGAGAAUGUCAUGGACUUCGACGGCGGCGUCAUCGUUGAAUGUGCCGCGGAGGAUAAAGUACGGGCAGGGGAAGUAUAGCAGUGUGGAAUUGAACUGGCCCACAUGGCGCAAAGAAGUCAACUUUUGGUCACUCAUGUUGAUGGUUGCCAUGACAGGGGUGACAAAGACGAUAUUUAUGACGGUUAAUGCUCAGGUCUCCCAAUUAUAUGGCGUGUCGUAUACGGCUGCGGCCGCGUUGACCGGUGUGCCGCUGAUUUUGUCGGCCAUUACAGGGUUGGGGUGUUUAAUUGCAGCGAGGAUGGUUGGGAAGAGGCCGUUUUAUCUGGGGUCGCUGAUCUCGUUUUUCAUCGGGACGGUGUGGAGCACCAAUGUUGGUUUUGAGGGUGCGUAUGGGCAGUGUAUGGCUGCGAGGGUGUUUCAGGGGCUGGGCUGGGGAGCGUGGGAUGCGCUGGUGUUGGGGAGUAUUCAGGAUACGUUCUUUGAACACGAACGCAACAUCAAGAUCACCAUACACGCCAUCACUACCACGGCCACCCUCUGGUUCCCCCCCAUCCUCGGCGGCGUCGCCUCUCAAUCCUCCGCCGGCUUCACCCUGCAAUUCACCAUCCUCAGCAGCUUCUUCGCCCUCGCUAUCCCGGCCAUCGCCUUGGGCUGCCCAGAAACAGUUUUCGACCGAGCAUACACCCUCUCCGCCGCCGCCUCCGCCGCUCCCACACCAGGGACCGGCCUUUCCGGCUUUGGCCUCACCGGCACAGGCAGAUACAAAACCUCCCUCCCGCUCGCGCCCUAUAGGCUCCUCUCCUGGGAAACAGCCUGUACCUACCUCGCCAAACUCCAUCCCUACACUUAUUCCACCCCUAUUUCCCCCUCCCUCCUCCUCCAAGCCCCCAGAGCAAUGCUCGCACCCACCACCCUCCUCCUCUUCCUCGUCUCCUUCCUCCCCAUCUCCGCCCUCUGGUCUUUUUCGUCUUCCCUCUCCCUCAUCUUCCACCCCCUCCCCUUAAGCCUCCCCCCCUCCUCCAUCGGCCUGUUCUUCUUUGGUCCGUUUCUGCUCUCCCUCAUCCCAGUCAUAACCUUUAACUAUUUUUACCGGAAGUACUCCACAAUCUUCACCUCCACCCCCAAAACCCACCUGUUCGUCACUGCGGUAGGGUUAGUCCUCUCGUUUAUCGGAAUUUUGACCUUCUCCCUCCACACCAGCAGCUCGCUCACUCCCGAUCCCGAUUCUCUCAUGGCAACAGGCGCGAAAGUCAACCUCCCGGCGGUGGGGUUCGUCUUUGGACUUUUGGCAAUGGGGGCUGCGACGCUGGAGCACGGGCUUCAGAGGGUGACGAUUGGGGAGUCGACUGCUUUCACGAGCAGGAACUUGGGUGUCAAGAUGAGGAAUGAAGUUGAUAUGGGGUUUGGGGUGGAGUUUUACCGCAAGGUUAUGAUGGGUGUUUUUGUCAUGGGGACGCAGACGGGGAACUGGGUUGUGUUUGAGGGGUUGAGGGGACUGGGGCUUGGGUUGGGGGUUGCGGUGGUGGUUUUGGGGGGUGGGUUGGCGACGGGGUGGUGGUUAUGGGGGGGGAUGAUCAAGGGGGGGGACGGAUGGGCUGUUGGGGGGGUUGAUUUGGGGGAGAUGGGCAAUGAGGGGGCGGGGAUAAAGAGGAGUGGGAGUUUCUUUGAUACUGACUAG